AUGUGCGCUCGGCCUGGGGGACAGCCCGAGCUGGCAGGCUGGGCGAUAGCUCCUCGGGGCAGCCUUCGCCACGGCUGCUGCGACGACCCCGGUCCAUGCUGGGGGCAUCUGAGGGGGGGGCCCCCGCGAAGGGACCCGCUUGCUGCCGCGCUGUCCGGCUUCCCACUUGGAGACGAUGAGUGGCCGGAAGCGGAGAAGGCUGAGAAGUUGGCGAGAGGAGCCGCUCUGAAAUGGGCUUCAGGGGUGUUUUACUGCCCCGAGAAACUGGAGGGGCUGGGGCAGUACCGGAGCCGAGAGACACAGAGGAACAGCUCCAUCCAGUCCCGGCUGAAGUCGACUGUCCAGUCCUACCUGGAGGGGGUAAGUGCGGGGCUGGAGCAGCUGCGGUCGGCGGCCCAGGAGGUGCAGAGCGUGUGCCAGGACCUGGGGGCUGCGCGGUGGGCCCUGCUCGACAGUGCAGACCGCUUCCAGGGCCUCCAGCAGAUGCGGGCGCUGAUGGCGGAGCACGUGCAGCUGGCCUCGGUGGUCCAGGUGCUGCCCCAGCUCUUCUCGGUCCACGAGGUUUUUUCCCAUACCCUGCAGCUGCUCCGUGGGCAGCACCUCCUGGAGGCCCACGCAGAGCUCAUGAUGAUGGAGCACCUCCGGGAUGACAUCCUCUCCCAGCUGCACCUCCGUGGGCUCUCCGGUGCCCAGGCAACUGUGCUGUCCUACUUCGGUGGCCUGCAGGAACUCAAUGAGAGCCUGGCCAAGCAGCUGUGGGACAUCGUGGGCAGCAGCCUGCAGCUGGUGCGCGAGGACCCAGUUCUCUUCGUCACCGCUGUAAGGAUCAUCGAGCGGGAGGAGAAAAUAGAUGAUACUCUGCUCCUGGAGGCCACCUUCCUGCCCCCUGGCCGCCCAAAGGGCUGGAGGCAGAAGUUUUACCACGUUCUCCAGGAGACCAUCACAGGAGCCCACUUUCAUGCCGCCCGCAUGGACGCUGAGGGGCCAGGGCUGGCCAGGCACCUGGCGGCGCUGCAGAAGGACAUCGUGUCCGAGCUGCGCGUGGUGAAGGACCUGAUGGUCCAGUGCGUCCCAGCUCACUACAACAUCCUCAGCGUCUGCACUGCCACCUACCACCAGGCCCUCACCAGCCACCUCCAGGACAUCCUCCGAGAGGACCUGGACAAACAGGCGCUCUUCCUCCUCCUUGAGUGGGCGCUUCGUGUGUACCACAGCCCGGAGAUGAUGGGUCACCCUGACCUUCUCCCAGAAGUGGACGUUUCUGCUCUGGGCCCGUUGAUGUCCCCUGAGCUCGUGGAGCUGACGGAGAGGAAAUACGUGGUGAAAGUCAAGGCUAGCGUGCUCGUGUGGAUGCAGAGGACCCUGGAGGUGGAGUUCAAGGAAUGGUUCAGGGAAGAGGAACCUGAGAUGGACCAUCAGGGCUUCUUCCAGUCAGCCCUGCCCGUCAUUGUCAUGCAGAUGCUGAAUGAGAAUAUCCAGGUAGCCUCCUUGAUCACGGACUCUCUGCAGCAGAAGGUCUACAACAUGGCCUUGGAGGAGCUCGAGGCGUUUCUAGGCCGUCUGCGGGAAGCCCUAGUGCAAUGUGGGAAGGAGCACCAGAAGGACCGUACCGUACCCAAGUACUAUGUCUCCUACCUGCUGGCCAUGCUCAACAACAACCUGGCUCUCAGCUCCUCUGUCUCCUCCCUGCACCCCGACACUGCCCACAGAGAAGUCCCCACAUCCCUCCGGGCUGCUCUAGACAGGACACAGAAGAAAGCCUGCCAACUGCUGCUGGAGGAGCUGCUCCUGGACCUGCAGCCCCUCUGCCUGCAGCUGCCUUCCCGCAAGUGGCUCUCCGGGUCCCAGCUCGUCAGCAGCAUGUGCGAAGUGAUUGACAAGUAUGCGAAGGACUUCUCCCGUGUCAAGAAACCCGUCUUCACGCUCCUGCUGACGGAGAGCGAGCUCCUGGUGGCGAGCCAGUACCUGCGGGCACUCAUGCAGAAGAAGAUGGUGUGCAAAAGCGAGGAGGAGCGGGGCCAGCUCUGUGACCGCCUGCUGCAGGACGCCACGCAGCUCCGGGAGCUCUUCUGUGGCUUGGGUCUGGACCGGAGCCAGCAGAGCCUGGAGGCCGUCUUUGCCCUGCGGGAGCUGAUCUGCCUCAAAGACCCAGCACUACUCAGCCUGGAGGUGCUGGGUUUCAUCACCAAGUACCCCGACGUCAGCGAUGAGCACAUCUCCACCUUGCUGGAUCUGCGGGGUGACGUCUCCAAGGAGGUGCGGCACAUGGUGCUGGAAAUGAUGGCGCAGCACCCCCAGGUCCUGCCCGAGAGCUACCGGCCCAUCUUCAGCACCAUCCUGGUCCCCGCGCCGGAGCUGCCCUUCUGCCUUCGCAAGGGCAAGUGUGCCUGACACGGCGCCCUGCAGCCCGCUCCCCGCUGCCCCCACAGAUGGGACCACGCAGGGCAUCUCUGAGGCUGCGUGUGGGGAGAAAGGAGAUGCCGCGCGGCAUCCCCUACGCGCAGCACCUUGCCCUCUGUUGGGGACAGUCUGCACACAUGCUGUCCUCCUCUGAUCCCGCCGAGCCGACUGUCCCCCGCAAGCACCAGCCCCAGGAGACCUGGGUCAGGAGAAAAAUCAACGCAUAGCUAUUUUGCUGGCCUGCAGAGGCAGUAACUGAGGGCUGCUCAGGUCUGGCCCGUUGCCUGCAGGAGAAAGAGGAACCGCAGAGCAAAGGGCGGGAGUCCGCAGCUGGGGUGAGUCUACGUCUCCGUGGGGCUGCAGAGAUAUUUGGGUUUCCCCGAGUCUCCAGCCAGCCCUCUGAGCCAGCGUGUCCUGGCCGUGGAAUCUGUUACCACCCCAGCUCCAAGGCAGACUGGAGCCUUGCUAGACCCAGACUUGCCAGGAGGGUUUUAGCCAUAGGAGGUCUUCCUCUGUUUUGGCUCAGCCCAGAGGUCUGGUGUUGCUGCUCCACUGGCCUGGGCCCUGCAUGGACGGUGGAGAGCAGCUCAGCCAGCUCGUCGUGGCUGACGGCCACGGAGGAGUAGGGCACAAGGGGGUCUCACCACCCUGGGUAGCGCCACCAACCCUAUUCCUGCCGGCGUGAAGGGACAGCUCUGAGAUCCCGCUGACCUGCCCAACUCCUGGCCCCGGCUCUCUUGCCAGCAUCCAAGACAGGACUGGAGUCCAAGACUCUCCGGCCUUUUGGAGAGCGUGAACUGAGUUGCGUCUGGUGUGUCAAGCAUCCUCCUGGCCCAGCUUCCUCCCUGAUGGGCAGCACCGCCCUGGGCGCUGGCUCUCCCUCCAUCCUCUCCUGCUGUCCGGCCCUUGGUCAUCUCCUCCCCAGGUGCCAUGCGAAGAUCAGGAGCAAAGCCUGUCUCUGUGCCUGCGCCCUUGUGCCCAGCCCCUGCAGCACCCUGGGGGACCUCCAUGCUCUGCCACGCUUCCCGCCUUGUGGCGGGCCUGAUCCUGCUGCCCUCGCGUGGCACCACUGCCAGAAAUAAAGGCCUGAGCUCUGCAAUCA